UUUUCGUUGGCAUCCCGACCGGCAACUGAAAUUCUCGAGCGACCAAUCAUGAGGCUCUUCCUGGUAACAAUGCUGGUGUUGGCUAGCAGUGCAGCCGUUCCCGUUGACACGGAUUUAGGAAAAUUGCAGAGCGCUUCAGAGGAAAAGAAACAUGGGAAAAGAGAUGUAGAUUGUUCGAACGGAUACAGUGUACACGUAUAUUGUCCACCGGAUUAUGCUCCACCCGAACCGUCACCCGUCUUACAAUUAGUUCAACAGCCAGUCUUGCAUGUGCCUGUGCCCGUUCCGCAGCCGGUGCCACAUCCGGUCCCAGUACCCAUAGCAGUACCGAUCACGAAACACGUACCAGUUCCCCUACCGAUUCAUAUCGAACGCACCGUGCAGGUGCCAGUGCCUAAACCGUAUUCCGUCACCGUGGAGAAGAUCGUCCAUGUGGACCGGCCAGUUCCGGUGACAGUCGAGAAACAGGUGCACGUCCCAGUCGAUCGACCGGUACCGGUACCGGUACCGCAACCGUAUCCCGUCCACAUCGAGAAGGUCGUACACGUAGACCGACCGUAUCCGGUGCCGGUAGCAGUGCCAAAGCCGUACCCAGUACCGGUCCUACAUCACAAGCACUGGUCCAUACACAAGCACAAGUUAUUCAAUUGUUGUUAA